AUGUAUAACUGCGGACUGGAUUGUUUUACAAACUAAGCCAAUUUUCCUUACUAAUAUAAUAAAUAGCUCUAGAAAAUAAAGUAAACCCUUAGAAGUAUUGAGUAUUGUGGUUAGGUUUUUAGGAAAUCUCAAACGUUAUCAUAAGAAUAAACAUGUAACUUUUAAUAGUUAUAAUAUAGGUUUCAGGAAGAGGCUUUAAGUAUAAAUAACUAAAGUCAGAUAUUAAAUAAAAGUCAAGUUUAAUACAUUUCUAAAAUAGACUAAAAAAAUUAUUAGUAUUACCUUAUAUAAAAAGAAAAAGUCAGCUCAGCCCUUUGGAAAAAAAAAAUAACAUCCUUUUAUGAUUCGUUUUAUUAGGAAAGCCAUACUAAUCAAUUGUUUCAAUCAAGCCUGGAUAAUAAAAGACGGUUGA